AUGUCGGAAAGUCCCAUGGAAAAGUUUUCGCAGGGAAACAAUUUGCUGGUGAGAAUCUUGCUGCAGGAUGCGGAUAGUCGGAUAGUCGGAUAUUCCAAAAAGGGAACGAUCGCUCUGCCGCGCUGGCGAAACGCUGGUCGAGCCCAGCAUAUCCGACUUGUUCGCAUGAGAAUUGCUCUAAAGGCCGGUCCGGCGGAAAUCCAGAUUAGGCCCGUCGAUUGCCUGGCAUAUUCAAUCACGAAAGUAAAAAUGGCUCCCUCAGCAGAACCAGUAUCCGGACAGAAUAAACCAUAUCGCAGUGGCGAUCCACGACUCGCCGUUGUGGAUGAGGAAGCAGAGCAACCUCCCAAGUUUGACGACCUUUACCAGGAACGUCGGUACCUGAAACACCGUCUUGCCCUUGCCUUUCGAAUCUUCGCCAAGUUUGACCUUUCAGAGGGAGUUGCAGGGCACAUCACAGUCAGAGAUCCUGUAGAUCCCACCAGUUUCUGGGUCAAUCCGUUUGGAAUGCACUUUUCGUUGAUUGAAGACGACGAUCUAAUUCGUGUCGACCACUCUGGCACUGUAGUCGAGGGAGGAAAAAAUAAACGACUCAAUUACGGUAUACUUGUUAUCAAAUUUCUGACAUCACCAGCCGCUUACGCCAUCCAUGCGGAGAUCCAUAGAGCCCGACCCGACGUCUUAUGUGCGGCGCACUCGCAUAGCCUCUAUGGAAGAGCUAUAUGUGCCACGGGAAAGACACUGGACAUGCUAACGCAAGAUUUCUGUGUAUUUUGGAACGACCAUGUGCUGUACUCCAACUUCGCUGGGCUCGUACUUGCUGCAGAUGAGGGAAAGGCGAUUGCUGCAGCCCUGGGAAAUAAAAAGGCCGCAUUGCUAGGCAAUCAUGGAAUAUUGACGGUGGGCCCUACCAUUGAGGCUACAGUUGCCUGGUUUGUCUUAUUAGAGAGAUGCUGCCAAAUCCAACUGGCGGCAGAUGCAAGCGCCGCAGGCACUGGCAGGCCGCUGGUCACAAUUGGGGAAGAUGAGGCACGGGCCACAUGGGAAGCAGUUGGCACCAUAGGCAAUGGCUAUUUUCAAGGGCUACCGUUAUUCCAGGUUGCUGAACGGGAGUUUGGGGAGAGGACUUUGCUGGAUCGCUCCUUUCCCUGUAAGAUUAUAGUACCUCAUUCAAGAACACACCGUCCAUGUCUGUUGGCAAAUAAUCUGUCCAAGUAUGAAUCUUCUCCCUUAAUUUCCAGUGGCAAUACUGGGCAUCUCAAAAUACCCGGUGACGGGAUUCUAAGUAGAUGGCGGUGUUUUCCUAAUUCGGAUAUCCGCCGGAUGAGCCCUAUCUCCAUCGACUUGCCUUCUCGUAGUUCUAGUGUGGGAUACAAAAUGUCUUCAGAAGCAAAAGGCUCCGCCAUACACAUGGAGUCGACUACUCCCGCUAAUCUCGAUAUUGACGGGAAGGAUGGAAAUGGUGAGCUUGAUACGCAGAGCGUUAUUGUUGACGAGGAAACCAACAAGCGAUUACUACGAAAAAUUGAUAUUCGUUUAAUGCCUGUGAAACCGUUCGGAAUAACUUACAAUGGGCGGAAGAUGUGCUUUACGUAUGCGCUCCAAUACUACGACAAGGCGCUCCUGAGCCAGGCCGCUAUCUUCGGGCUUCGAGAAGAUUUGGAUCUUCAAAGCGGCUUGAGAUACUCGUGGAUCACUUGGGUUUCCCAGAAAGUUACGGUGGCUCGAGUCUGUCCCAUCAUAUGUAUUCUGUGGUCAUUGAUAGUUCUCUGCACCCCCGCCUGUUCCACCUACACUGGCAUCCUGAUCAACCGUUUCAUGCUGGGCGUGAUCGAGAGCGGAGUAUCACCAGCGUUCAUGCUCUGCACGGGAGCGUGGUACACACAUUCUGAGCAGGUGCUCCGUUCCUCACUCUGGUACUCAUUUAGUGGGGGCUCAAAUAUCAUAUCACCGCUCAUCAACUACGGUCUCGGCCACAUAACCAGCGGCUCCUUGCAUCCGUGGCAGUACAUGUACCUAAUAGCGGGGUUAGCCACUCUAGCAUGGGCCAUAGCACUUUUCUUCGUGUUUCCAGGGAGCCCUCAAACAGCCAAGGGGUUCACAGCGGAGGAACGUAUGAUGCUCCUCGAGAGAGUUCGUGCCAACAACGCCGGCGCAGAAAACCGAACAUUUAAGUGGUACCAGGUUUGCGAGGCGCUUUACUCGUAUCAUUUCUGGUGUAUAUUUCUUCUGUCAACCUUGUCCAGCACUGGGAGUGGAGCGGUCACUACAUUCGGGUCUAUUAUCUUUAACGGCAUGGGGUUCUCCACGUUUGAGUCUCUAUUGCUUAAUAUUCCAAUUGGUGCUCUUGCUUUCAUCUGUGUCUUGGGAUCAGGGUAUAUUGGUCGGAAGUACCCCAACGCACGCCUCCACACAGUUUCAGCAUCGUGUAUUCCUGUUAUCGUUGGAGGUUGCAUGCUUUGGAGACUUCCAUCCUCAAAAACCGCCGCCAGAAUCAUUGGUUUCUACCUGAUCAAUUUCUUUUCUGCAGCCUGGGUGCAAUGUAUUGCCAUGGGUACCUCCAAUGUAGCAGGAUACACCAAAAAGGCCACUAUGGCAGCCGGGACCUUCAUGGGCUAUUCACUAGGCAAUAUUAUCGGACCCUUAACUUUCGACGCAAGAUAUGCACCGCGGUAUGACCCCGGGUUCGAGGCCCUGAUCAUCUGUUUCGCGAUCGCUUUGGUCUUGUCUCAGGUGUUCCGGGCGCUCAUGGCGCUGCAGAAUCACAGGCGGGACCAAAGGGUUGGCCCUCCUACUGCGGAAUGUGGAUUGCAGGAUCUUACAGAUAAGGAGAACAAGUCGUUCAGGUAUCCUCUUUGA